GAGCUGAAAUGUUUGAAGUAUGAAACACUCUUGAUCAUGAAAUAUGCUCCCCUUACAUGCCUCAGCCUUUCAAAGUUCUUUGCAUUAGAGUCAGGGAUUCCAUUCUUCCUGGAGCCAAGCGUGGGGCCAGUUGUAGGAUCUGAAAUGGCCUGAGAUGAUGACUCAGUCAACUGUUCCAUUCAUUCUCAGAGUCAGCCUUCAUUCCUCCUUGCGAAGGCUGAUAGGCACUUAAAAGGCUUGCUGUGGCCAGAGUCCAGUGCAUUCGCAGCGCCUGCAGCGACCCUUCCUUUCCACCUCUGCCCACUGAAGACCACUUAGAUACUGAAGCAAACGGGGCGGCUGAAUUCAGGAAGCCAUGCAUCAGUCGCCAGGAGCCAGCUGCAGACUUUAAACUGCAUUCAGCAUGUGGAAGAGGCAGAGAAAUGACCUGUCCAGACAAGCCGGGGCAGCUCAUAAACUGGUUCAUCUGCUCCUUGUGCGUCCCGCGGGUGUGUAAACUCUGGAGCAGCAGGCGUCCCAGGACCCGACGGAACCUCCUGUUGGGCACUGCCUGUGCCAUCUAUCUGGGCUUCCUGGUGAGCCAGGUUGGCAGGGCCUCCCUGCAGCACGGGCAGACAGCCGACAGGGGACCACCUGGCAGCCGCAACACCGCCAAGGUACCCUUCCCUGAGAUUCCGCUGGAUGGUACCCUGGGCCCUCCAGAGUCCCAGGGCAAUGGGAUCACACUGCAGUCCAACGUGGUGUACAUCACUCUACGCUCCAAGCGCAGCAAGCCUGCUAAUAUCCGUGGCACAGUGAAACCCAAGCGCAGGAAGAAGCACGCAGUGGUGUCGGUAGCCACUGGACAGGUGGCUGUCGUUAGACCAUCCUUAAUGCUGCAGGAAGCUGCAAGGGCAGCGGAUGCCGCAGUUCCUGGGUAUGCUCAAGGACACCUGACCUGGGUUGGAGAACGACGCUGGAGGCUAGUGCAUAAUCCUGGAGUCCGAGCUGGGGAUUCAGACUUGCAAGAGGUACAAGAGAGCAACAUCAGGAUCUACAGUGGGAGAGCUCCCUCGUGGCUGAGCAAGGACGAUAUUCUCAGGAUGCGACAGCUGGCUGAUGGUGCAGUGGUUAGCGUCCAGCCAGCCUUCUCUAAAAGUGGUGCUCACUUGCUGGUGCUGGAAGGGAGCACUGCAGACUCUGCGCCUGGCUGUGGGCCUAACCCCUGUGGGCUGCUCAAGCAGCCCCUGGAUACAAGUGAAGUGUUUGCCUUCCACCUGGACAGAAUCCUGGGCCUCAACAGGACCUUGCCAUCUGUGAGUAGGAAGUCAGAGUUCAUCCAAGAUGGCCGCCCACGUCCUGUCGUUCUCUGGGACUCAUCUCUAGCUCUGGCAAGCAAUGAUAGCCACUCUUCGGUUAAGCUGACUUGGGGAAUUUAUCAGCAGUUGCUAAAACAGAAAUGCUGGCAGAAUGGCCGUGUUCCCAGACCCGAGUGGGGCUGCUUGGAAAUCCAUCACCAUGAGUGGUCCAAAAUGGCACUCUUUGAUUUUUUGUUACAGAUUUAUAAUCGCUUAGAUACAAAUUGCUGUGGAUUCAGACCUCGCAAGGAAGAUGCUUGCGUACAUAACAGAUUGAGGCCAAACUGUGAUGACCAAAACUCUGUGACUCUGGCACACAUUAUCCAGAGAACACAUGAUCCAAGGCAUUUGGUCUUUAUAGACAAUAAGGGCUUCUUUGACAGAAGUGAAGACAACUUAAACUUCAAAUUGUUAGAAGGCAUCAGAGAAUUUCCCGAAUCUGCAGUUUCUGUUCUGAAGAGCCAGCACUUACGGCAGAAACUCCUUCAGUCUCUGUUUCUUGAUAAGGUUUACUGGGAAAGUCAAGGGGGCAGGCAAGGAAUUGAAAAGCUUAUCGAUGUAGUAGAGCAGAGAGCCAAAAUUCUUAUCACCUACAUCAAUGCACAUGGGGUCAAAGUAUUACCUAUGAAUGAAUGACAAACAGAGCUUCUACUCAGAGUGCGACACGUGUGCUUUUUUAAAACAAUCAAGUACAUCAACCUCAAGUUCUCCCAGGAGUGAGGCAGUAUAGAUGGAUAUGUGCAUUCAGUCCAGUGUAUAUGAUAAACCUGAGUUGAAAAUGUUUGCAGAGUUUAGAGGUAUUCCAGACUUAAGCAGAUUCAGAAAAAUAUAUUGCUUACAAAAUGCUUGUUUAUAUUUUUUCCUAGAACUCUGGCAUGUAUUCUUAUUACACAAUAGCCCAAAUUUUUAUUCCCACUAAUCUUUAAAUUAUUUUCAUGCCAUUUGAUGAAGCAAUAUAAACCAGAGGCUCCGACUCUUCUAAUAAACCACACUUAAUGUUAUUUGACUGAUUUGACUGUACUGUUAAUGGGUAAGUUUAUCGACAUUCUUCUGUUGCUGAUUAUUGAAUAGCUCUCCCAAUACUACCCAGAGGCAAUUCUACAUUGGAAAAUCAAGGCAUGUGGUGUGCGAAAACAUGAGUCUCUAAAUACAUUCUCAACAGAAAUAGAAGAUAAAUUGUAAACUGCCGGUAUAUUUUCUAUAGUGUCUAUAAAUAAUCAGCUAUCACUGAGAAGCAAAAUUUCCAUUUUCCAUUUCUUUUUAGAAAUCUAUUGUCAGCAUAGAAACAACCACAUCUAACAAAUGAUAUAUAAGUUAGCUUUGCUGUCUAAGUUUUGAACUGACUUAUGGCUAGUGGUUGAGAAAACUAAGCAGUUGUAAGGCAUCAUGUUACCUGUUUGAAAAUGUACUGCCAAGUGUGUUCCUCCCUCCACCUCACAAAUGUUGAGAUUACAGGAGUGUGCCUCCAUGCCUGGUUUGUGUAAGGCUGGGUAAUCGAACUCAGAGCUUUAAACAUGCUAAGCAGGCACUCUAUGACUAAGCUACAUCUCCAACCUAUCUUUUUUAAUGACUGCUUUAAAAAAUUGUCAUUUUAUAAAGGGUAUGCUAUCAUUUCUGUAUUUUUUUAAUCACAGAGGAUUUUUUUUUCCUGGGUCAGGUUUAAUCUGAUGUAAUUGAUAUUAUGUAGAUAUUGGCAAUAAGUCUAGAUAUUGAAUGUGCUUAAAUAUAUUAUGUAGAUGAAUCCAAUAUGAGAUAUACAAAUGAAACAAACUAAAGUGAACAGUUAGUUCUCCUUGAGGGCAGCACAUGACUAGAGACUAUUUGACAAUAAUUGGGCCAAAUGAAGCCUCAGGUGAUUUUCCCCUGAAUCCCCCUACCAGCUUCUUAAUUGGGUUGGAAGGACUGAGACACAGAGUGUUCAUAUGUUGAGUCUUCAUGUCCUUGGAAAAUCUUCAAGGUCAUCACAUAUCACACGUACUCAUGGUGGUUUUUCUCCCAAUCUCAACUCUCCUACCCCUUAUUUAAAAGCUGAUUGAUUCUCCAGGUUUGGUUGUGUGUAUCUGAAAUCUCAACACUCAGGGAGGCUGUGGCAGAGAUUUGGGAUUUCAAGACCACCUGGGUUACAUAGCGAGAUCCUGUAUGAAAUGUACCCUCCCCUUCAAAAAACCUGAUUGUUGACAUUGUCAUUCUUUGGAAAUUUAAAAAUAAAAAAUCAUAAACUUUUAAA